AUGGAAAAGUUCCUCCACAUUGGCUUGCACUCUACGCAACCAUCUACAGUAUACUUAUUCAUCUACAUGGCAAGGGGCGGAGCUCUUGCGCGGGUGGCGCUUCUCCAAGCAGAAUACGUUCCUCUCCCAGACCGUCCGCCCACGAGAUUGCGGAAGCCCUCCAUGUCAUCGUCAACAGGAGGCCACAAGACGGCCUCGUCGUCCACCUUGGGACAGAAAAACCCACGUCAAGCAAAGUACGGCACGGCAGCCGCGGCCGGAGGCGACGAUUCCGAUGAGUUUACCGCCGAGAUGCGCGAUAGACAGGCCCGCGGCAAGGAUCCCUACAAGGAAGACGAGAGUAGCGAUUUUGAUGAUGAUGACUUUGACGACGAUGACGACGAAGAAGAAGAUGACGACGAUGAUGAUGACUCCGAUUCGGACGGGUUGCGUCGUCGUGCCCAUCGUGGUAGGGCGACGACAAAGGUCAAGGGCAGGGGCAAGGGCACAAGGCGGAUGCGCAUCGGCAGGGCCUUUAAAUCGGAACGGCUCGAAGACCGUGAGCGCAGGGCCUUUGCACUCGCCGUCCUCGAUAGUCCCGAGCAGCUGAUGAUGUACGCCCAGAGCACCGGCGACAGCAUUCCCAGCCAGCGCCGCCGCUUCUGCGCCAUGCUCGCCGGCUUCGAACCCUUACCGCUGCUGUCGUCGGACAACGGCAGCGGCAGCGGCAGCGGCAGGCUCGGCAGCAAGCGGCCUGCCGCACACCCGGCAAGGGACGUGCGCGGCAAAGCGAAGACUUCAAUCGGGGCUGGGCAAGAGUCGGGAGACGAAUGGGUGGACUGA